GUGACAGCCCCCGCCAGGGCUGGAGAGGGCCCCGGAAAUCCCAGUCGUCCCAGUGGGAGUGGGGCUGCGGUGCUGGGCGAGAUGCGGGGCAAGGAGGAUGAGUACGACUACCUCUUCAAAGUUGUGCUCAUCGGGGACUCCGGGGUGGGGAAGAGCAACCUGCUCUCGCGCUUCACCCGCAAUGAGUUCAACCUGGAGAGCAAGAGCACCAUCGGGGUGGAGUUUGCCACAAGGAGCAUCCAGGUGGACAACAAGACCGUGAAGGCUCAGAUCUGGGACACGGCCGGGCAGGAGCGGUACCGGGCCAUCACCUCAGCGUACUACCGGGGGGCGGUGGGAGCUCUGCUCGUCUACGACAUCGCCAAGUACCUGACGUACGAGAACGCCGAGCGCUGGCUGAAGGAGCUGCAGGACCACGCUGACGCCAACAUCGUCAUCAUGCUGGUGGGCAACAAGAGCGACCUGCGGCACCUGCGGGCCGUGCCCACCGAUGAGGCCAAGAGCUUUGCAGAGAAGAACGGGCUCUCCUUCCUCGAGACGUCUGCCCUGGACUCCACCAACGUGGAGACGGCUUUCCACAACAUCCUCUCGGAGAUCUACCGCAUCGUCUCGCAGAGGCAGAUCGCCGGGCAGCCGGAGGCCGAGUUUGGCCCCGCCACGACCAUCGAGCCCAUCCGGGUGCUGCCCACGCAGCAGGAGGGCAGGCAGGCGCCCUGCUGCCAGAACAUCUGAGCCCCCCCCCACACCCCGGGGGUGCCCCAGCCCUGACACCCCCCCGCCACCCCCCAGCGCGUGGUGGCAUCACGUUUCUCACCCUCUACCUCUGCUCGCUGCAGCCCCCCCAGGACAGGGCGGGCUGGCGGCUGCUUCUGCGCUGCUCUUGUGCGCGCCAUCACGCCGCGCUCCCCGUGUUUAUGUAGGACCUACACAAAUGGGGAGGGGGGCAGGGAAAAGCAUCAGGGUCCCUCCGCUCUCUCCCCACGGCUUGGGACACGCCAUCCCCUCGUGUCCCUGCUUCCUCCAGCCCUGAAGGGGUGUCACUGGGUGACUCAGGGUGGCACCGAACAAGCCCGAACACCGUGACUCCCUUGUUUGGUGCCACAUUUCCCGCGGCACCCCUGGGUGCAGCACCUCCGGGGCAGGGUGUGUGUGUGGGGGGGACACAGGCAGGGUGCACCCUUCUCUGGCCCGGUGAAGCGAGUGCGUGCGCCCAGCCUUGCCCCCGCGGCACCCGGGGCUGGCUGCGCCUCUGGGUGCAGCGGGGGCAGCUCUGGGACACCCAGUGUGGGGUGCGGGGGGGUGACUCCCCCGCUCCUGCCUGCUUUUCGUGCCGUCAGCCCCCCCAGGCGUCCCUGCAGCACAGCCCCGGCAAAGGGAGACGCUGCACCUCUGCCACUGCUGCCCCAGCGCGGGGGGACAUGGCGGGGGGGGCAUGUCCUUUGGGGGACCCCCCCGGGAGGGGACAAGGGGGUCCCGGGGCUUUAGUGGGGUGAAGGCGGGGAUGGGGCGCUGAGGGUG